AUCUCUCCCACUUCUUGCCCCAUCUCUUUGUGUUUCUGCGUGGCUCUGCGGUCCCUCGCGUGACGCUCUUGGUACUGGCUACUGCCACUGUAUGGGCAAAGAAGACCGUCAACCUUUUUUAACGACGCUGGACGAAAAUAUUUAAUUUUUUCAUUUGAAUUUUGAAAGAGGGGUUUACUUCCCUUGAUAUCCUAUUUAACAUUUUGUGGCCACACACACCUUCUCCCGGACCGGUUCUGAGGGACGUUCCUUAUUUUUUAACGGUGAACGCCACUGCCUGGACGGGUGUCAGCUCCAGUGUGACUGCGUCUGAAAGUGUGUGAAGAAGACGGGCGACUGCUUAUCAAUGCUGACAGAGUCGAGUGCGGGGCUGAUGGGCUCCGAGCUGCGAGACCUGACCCUGCUGCCAGCGGUGCCCACCCUCCCGGGUGGCGGCAGUGGCGGACCUGGUGGCUGCUCGCUGCCCGUCCCUGGCGCCCCACCGCAGUGGAGCCCCUUACUGGACUUCCACCCCAGCUCUCCCUACGGCUCUCUGCCCUCCCACUCGCUCAUCAAACAGGAGCCGGGCUGGGGCCCCACGGAGCUCCACGAGGACCCCCACUGUGGCCUGGGGGCCUUCACUGUACACUUCUCCGGACAGCUCACGGGGACGGGGGGCUACAGACAUGGGCCCUUCGCAGAUACCACCUCCAACCAGGCCAGGAUGUUCCCCGCUCCAGGGUCCUACCUACCAGGCUGUAUGGACAGCCCGCCUGCACCCAAAAACCAGGGAUACAGCAGCAUGGCACUGGAUGGAGGGCCCACGUAUGGCCACCCUCACCCUCACCUCUCCCCACCUCCUCCCAGCCUCCCCUUCAAACACGAAGACUCCAUAUCUCCCCCUUCAUCCAUGGGAGAGCCCCAGUAUUCUGCUCCACCACCUCCACCCAUGUACGGCUGUCACACCCCCUCAGACACCUGUACAGGCAGCCCAGCUCUUCUCUUAAGAAACACCUACAACAGUGAUAAUUUAUACCAGAUGGCCUCUCAGCUUGACUGUGUCACCUGGGCUCCCAUGAAUGCGUUGACGUCCAACAUGAAGGGCCAAAGCUCCGGAUACGAGGUGGAGCCCUCGGCGGCGGCUGCUCCCAUGGUGUACAGCUGCAGUGCCCAGUACCACAUCCACACACACGGCCUCUUCAGGGGCUUACAGGAUGUUCGACGGGUCCCGGGCAUCACCCCGUCGAUAGCGAGGCCGCCAGACAGCAACGAGAAGCGGCCGUUCAUGUGCACGCACCCCGGCUGCAACAAGAGAUACUUCAAGCUCUCUCACCUCCAGAUGCACGGCAGAAAACACACAGGAGAGAAACCCUACGCAUGUGACUUCACGGACUGUGGAAGGAGAUUCUCCCGAUCGGACCAACUGAAGAGGCACCAGCGCAGACACACAGGAGUGAAGCCAUUUCAGUGUGAGACAUGUCAGAGAAAGUUUUCACGCUCAGAUCACCUUAAGACCCACACCCGGACUCAUACAGGUAAAACAAGUGAGAAACCCUUUACCUGUCGCUGGUCCAGCUGUCAGAAGAAGUUUGCGCGGUCAGACGAGCUCGUGCGACACCACAGCAUGCACCAGAGGAACGUCAACAAGCUCCAGACAACCCUCUGAGCAGGAAACUUGUGGUGUGUAUGUGUGUGUGUGUGUGUCUGUGUGUGUGUGUGUGUGCCUGUGUGUGCGUGUGCGUGUGCAUCAGAAGUUAGGGUGGACAGGAUUGCGGAUUGUGAUUUUCAGACUCUUGACAAGAGCCUGUGGAGUAAUGUUGUACAAAUACAAAUAGCAUACAGUCAGCUCAUCAUGACAGUGCCUUACAUUUGUGAUACAUAGAGGUCAUCUCAUUGUUUGAUGUAUGUUUUGAUAUAUUGUGACUUUAUAUGCAGUUUAUACCGGUAUUCUUUUAUUUGCACUGGCUAAGUUGAUAUGUACAAUUUUAAUGUGGACUGAAGUUUUUUAUACAAUAACACAAUGACAUUGUUGCUUUAUUUGCUGGAAAUAAAAAAACGUUUUCAAUGAACAAUGUCAAAUACUGGACGUCCUAUUGCAUAUAUUGCCUUUUCUUCUCAAAAUAUGCAACUUUUUCUAUUAAAAUGCAUUAACAAAUCAAUUCUUAUUGGUAUUGCAUCACGUACAUUAAAGGGAUAUUGUACAGUUUUGUUUA